GGUAGCUUUGCAUUGCACAUUUAAGUUACUUCAAUGAUGAUAUCGAGCACAAAGGGAGCUUGUUCAUCAUCAAAGCAUAAACACCGUCAAGUAGCCCUAUGGUCAAACAUUGGAGAUCUGCGGUCAUUAACGGUAGGAGGCUUUUGCAUGAUUGUUCGUUGGGCGCGCGCUCCUGGUUUAGUCAAGCUGCCAAGGAUGUGGUGGCGCCAUUCCUCGAAGGCGGCCAUUAGUUCCUGCUUGUUCUUUUGUAGUGCUGUACUGAUAGUGAUACAGUGCAAGUGUUCACUACAUACAGGACCAGUACGUGUACACUAGCGUGCGGAAGCUAGCCUCACUGUGUUGGAAUCUUUGUCUAUUUCUCACUCUCGAUCACUGUCAUGCAACUAUGAACUUGGUGUUUGCUCUAGCCACAUUACUUUCCCUCAGCUAAGUGUGGUCCUGGCUGAAGAAGCCCCCGUCCAUGCCGUCCGGUUCCUGUUGAGUGUUCACGUUGUUGACCCUCCGCCGAGCAUGCACAAGGCGCAACAACAGACAUCAUCGUCAUGCAAGCAAGAACAAGAUACAGUGUUGUAAUUGCCGGUUCCUUGGUUUUGAUUUUGAUUUACAGGCAGUGGCUUCAAGGAAGUGUGCUUAGCCACGGCCAAAGUCUCAGCGAGAACCUAAGAUUACAGUAUGAUCACUUACACAGCUACGUCACAUGGUCUGAGAAAGAUAGAAAUUAUGAAUACCAGUAUGACCUUCACGCUUCCCCAAAGCAGAGACGUCAAUCUAGGACAAAUUUGUAUAAGAAUCGUAAAUGUCGCAUGGACACAUGCUUCGAUGUAGCAAAAUGUCGAGAUGGCUUCAAAGUGUACGUUUAUCCAGUGCGUGGGAAGAUUAGUGAGAGCUAUUCAAAGAUCCUGACAUCCAUUCGCAGUUCAAGGUACUUCACAUCCAAUCCGGAGGAAGCCUGUGUGUUUGUACCAUCCAUUGACACGCUCGACAGAGACAUACUAAGCCAUGAAUACGUGAUUGAUGUACAGUCAAAGUUGAGUAAACUGCCGUAUUGGAAUGGAGGUAGGAACCACCUGAUUUUCAAUCUGUACUCAGGCACGUGGCCCGAGUAUUCAGAGGAUCUUGGCUUCGAUAUGGAGCAAGCAAUUCUGGCCAAAGCAAGUUUCACCAAGCAGAGCUUUCGUCCAGGAUUCGACAUCUCUUUGCCGCUGCUUGGGAAAUCUCAUCCCCAGAAAGGGGGAUCCCGCGGUGAUCUCCAAACAAAUAAUUUCCCCUUGGUGAGGAAGUAUUUGCUGGCGUUCAAAGGAAAACGAUAUCUGAGUGGCAUCGGUUCCGACACAAGAAAUGCACUGUAUCAUCUGCAUAAUGGCUAUGACAUCAUUUUGUUGACAACGUGCCGACAUGGCAAAGAUUGGCAGAAAAUUAAAGACACAAGAUGUGAUAGGGACAAUUCGGAGUAUGAAAAGCAUGACUAUCAGAUCUUGCUGCACAAUUCGACUUUCUGCCUUGUUCCGAGAGGACGUCGCCUGGGAUCCUUUCGGUUCCUAGAAUCUCUGCAGGCAGCCUGCAUUCCUGUGAUACUGAGCAAUGGAUGGGAGCUUCCAUUCUCUGAGGUUAUUGACUGGAAAAAGGCAUCGAUUCAGGGAGACGAGAGGUUACUGUUGCAGAUUCCCUCAAUACUGAGGUCCAUUUCUGAUGAGCAGAUUCUGUCUCUACGGCAACAGACGCAGUUCAUAUGGGAUGCGUACUUCUCCUCCGUUGAAAAAAUAGUAACCACGACACUGCAGAUAAUCCAAGACCGACUGGAACAUCCAAGGUCGGCCUUUAUGUGGAAUCACCCGCCUGGCGCCCUCACGGUGUUUACCGACUUUGCAGGAUCUCACAGUGCGUUUCCUUUCUACACUUUCAUGCUCGGAGAGGAAGCCUGCGAUAAGUUCACGGCAGUCAUUUAUGUCUCAUCUCCCAUCCUGUCACAAUCGGCACCUGUCAUGAAGUUGAUUAAAAGUGUUUCAAAAUCAGCCUAUGCUGCACAGAUAGUAAUUUUGUGGAAUGUUGAUAGGCCUCUCCCUUCCAAGUCAAAAUGGCCUUCCAUCAGUAUUCCUCUAACAGUCAUCGAAGGUGAAAAAAAGACAACAAACAGGAGAUUUUCACCACUGUCAGUGAUUGAUACAGAUGCCAUUCUCAGCCUGGACUGUGAUACUGUCUUGUCAACAAAUGAGGUGGAUUUUGCUUUUGUUGUGUGGCGUGAAUUUCCAGAACGUAUUGUUGGUUAUCCUGCUAGAUCUCAUUUCUGGGAUGAGACUAAAUCGGCAUGGGGCUACACAUCUCGCUGGCUGAAUGAGUACUCAGUAGUACUCACAGGUGCAGCUUUUUAUCACAGGUACUACAAUCAUCUGUACAUGAAGUACGCUCCGUCGUUACUGGCUGACGACAGCGCUGGAAGUGAAUGUGAACACUUGCUCAUGAAUUUUAUCGUUUCACACGUGACACACCAGCCACCCAUCAAGGUGACACAGAAGAAGCACUACCUGGAUGUUAUGACUCGCAAAGGAAUGGACUUGGUACAGCGGUUUGACAAGAAUACGCACUGCAUCGGUGCUUUUGCAAAAGACUUUGGGUACAUGCCUCUCAUUCGCUCUCAGAUGAGACUCGAUCCCGUGCUCUACAAAGACCCAGUUUCUAAUCUCAGGAAACGGUAUCGACAGAUAGAAACGGUGGGCCCAAAACCAUGGUAGUAACCUCAAUAUUUGUGUUGUAAAAGAUUUAACAGUGCGGGUAUGCGAAUGUUGAAAUCCUGUCUGUUGAAUUUUAGGAGAGGGGACUUCUCAGAAAACGUUAGUGUGGUGCCGCUGUCAUAAAGAUUUGAUAACAGUGAAUUGAUUCAAAUCAGGAAGUGAAUCAGUUAUUGUUUGAACUGGUCAAUCAGCAAAUGUAAAAGUAAAACCUAGA